GUCCUCAAUAAAUAUAACCUAUCGGCCGAAUCAAACCCGCUUCAAUUACAUGCUCAUGCCGAUGAGCUUAGUACUAUGCUACCGGAUUGGAAGGCUCGUAAAGAUGUGAAAGAGUCUCUGUCGGAAAGAGCUCAAUAUUGUGCAAAAACUAAAGAUGUGUGGGAUAUUUGGUUACAUGCUUUAGACUUAGCUGUGCCAAAAAAUAAUACAGAUGAAGCAAUUGUGACAGCCAGUUCUUGUGUUUCACAAUUUCGUAAAGAGUUAGCAGAAGCUGAGAGUCAACUUGAACAGCGAUUACCCAAUCCACCUAAAACUCCUAAACACUUUUCCUUAAAGGAAGGACUUAGAAGAAUUUAA